AUGAAGAAAAGGGUUGACGUUUUCGCUUUAAGCAUCUACGGUUUGGUCAUCUUCCCCAAGGCAUUAGGGCACGUAGAUGAAGUAGUCUCAGACCUAUUUGAUCGACUUGACAAAUGGGUUACACUCGUCCCUACGAUUUUAGCUGAAACUUUUAGGUCUUUAAACGCGUGCCGGAAAGAGGGUGAGGGCAAAUUUAUAGGGUGUGCACAGCUGUUGUUAACAUGGUUCCAUAGCCACUUCUGGAAGGAAGUAGUGGCUACACUGAGGCGAGACGACAUUUCAGAAAAGAAAUGGAUGGCGAUUCUCCAGAAUCUACAAGUCGAAGAUGUCGAAUGGAAGACUCCAUGGAUGAUCCCUGAUGAGAUCUUGUAUUGCUAUGGAGAUUUUGAUUGGGUUCUCCUACUUGGGAUUUGGGGAGCCGUUAGAUAUGUUCCACUUCUCGUGUUAAGGCAGCAUCGAUCAAAGCAGUUCAUACUAGCGACACAAGUGUUGGCUCAAUGCGAGUUCACUUACAAGGGCGAUAAUUAUAGAAAUAAGAUUCGUGAAAUAUUGAACACUUGGAACCAAACCCGUAGAAUGAAAGGAUUCGCCGCAGGUCCGAUGACGACCCUUGAGUAUGACUGGUGGUGGGGUACAAGAAUCAAGAACAUCCCAAUUCCAAGUCAAGAAAGCACUCGCCCAAUAGAGAAGCACUUACAAGUAAUCCCGUCUGAAUUAGAGAUCAUCAAGCAAGAUUUUGAGAAAAGGAGUUGGGAAUUAGAAAAGAAAAUAGAGCAGUUAGAGAAGGAAAAGAUAUGGCUAGGACUAGACGUCGACAUCCACAAGCUAGAGGCCGAGAAAUUAAGAAAAGGCAAAAAUAAGGCCGAAGAAUAUUUGGAUAUUUUGAAGACAGAUUACAAGAAGCUGCGUAUGUCAAUAAGAACUGUUGGUUUGGGUAAAACAUUAGAGUAA